GCUGUCAGACUAUUCACACCUCACAGCUCCAGGCUGGCGGGCUGGAACAGCCAGAAGCAGCAGCAGCAGCAGCAGCUCUUUAUUCAGAGGACUGGGGGCAGCCAGUAGAUUUCUGGCUGUUGCUGGGUAGCCACCAGCCGUGCCCUUUUCUGGAGAGUGGGGGAGGCCAAGGGGCCCCAAGUCACUGGGCUUGGUCUGGGCAGCUCCCAACGCAAAUAUCUGCUCGCAAUAAGCUGCUGCCAUCAGCCACAUCUUUCUUCUUUCCAACCCUCCUUCUUCGUUCGUCCUUUCAUGGAGAGGCGUGUCGGGGAGGCACUUUGCUGAGCGGCUUGUGCAACCCGGGACUCUUGCCAGCUCUGGGUUGAGUUUCCAGGCGGCUGGGCCAGAGGAGGUGAGAGGUACCGGGGGAUCCUGCUGACCGCCACCAGGCAGAGCCACGGGGUGUAUUGUCCUGUGGUGGAGGGGACCCCCUCUGGACCCGUUGGUCACUGGACCAGAAGCAUCGUCUGGCCCUCGUGUGCGGUGAGGGGGCAGUUGUGUAGAACCGGGUUCAAGAGUAUGAUCCUCCCCGUGGAAGACAUAAGCACAGUGCACUUGAGGAGGAGCCCCCAGCACGCUGCGUGGGUGGCCGCAGGCUCAAUUCAGAGUAAGGUGCUGCCCAAGAUGAGCUCCUCGUCGCUGCUGGAGGAGAACUCCUUGGAGCCACCAGUGCUGCUGACAGACAUCAAGACUGAGCCCCCUGAAGAGCUGCUGGCCAGUGACUGCAACCAGCCCCAGGCUGAGCCUGUGGACCUGUCGCUCAACAAGUCCAAGGGGUCGCUGCAGUCCUCUUCCCAGGUGUCUUCCUGUAUCAGGUCCUCACCCAUGCUGGUGACACCACCCAUCCAGACACCAGUGGUGUCUAUGUCGUCCACGGGCCUGUCGUCCACGGGCCUGUCGUCCACGGGCCUGUCAUCCACGGGCCUGUCGUCCACGUCGGCCAUCCCUGCCGUGCUGUCCCCGGGCUCCAUCCUGGCGUCCACGCAGGGUAGCGGCGGGCAGCAGAUCCUCCACGUCAUCCACACCAUUCCUUCUGUCAACCUGCCCAGCAAGAUGGGCAACCUGCAGACCAUCCCUGUGGUGGUGCAGUCCCUGCCUGUGGUCUAUACCACCAUGCCCACAGAUGGGGUUACUGCUGCCAUCACUGUGCCACUCAUUGGGGGUGACGGCAAGAACGCUGGGUCUGUGAAAAUUGACCCCAGUUCUAUGUACCCCAUGGAAAUGAACAGUGACAGUGAAGACAGCGGCACAGAGGAGAGUAGCUCAGCUCCCUUCCAGGACCUACAGCGAGAGUCAGCAGUGGCCCGGAUGCAGCGAGCAGAAUCCCCAGACCUGAAGAAGAGGCGAAUUCACCAAUGCGACUUCGAGGGCUGCAAUAAGGUCUACACGAAAAGCUCCCACCUCAAAGCACACAGGAGGAUACACACAGGAGAGAAGCCUUACAAAUGUACCUGGGAAGGCUGCACCUGGAAGUUCGCCCGCUCCGACGAGCUCACCCGGCACUUCCGCAAGCACACGGGUAUCAAGCCCUUCCGCUGCUCGGACUGUGACCGCAGCUUCUCGCGCUCAGACCACCUGGCCCUGCACCGCCGGCGGCACAUCAUGAUGUGAGCGGGCACCCACCCUCCACUCGCUCCAGCCCCACCAGCCACAGUGGAAAGACUGCACCAUGGGAGGCGUUGUCUCCAGGCAGAUUCGGCCUGGUGGUGGGCUGGAUGCCAAUGUGGCACCUGUGGCUGCCCAUGUCUCAGAGACCAGGACUCCUCCUUCCACAUGCACCAGGGACUCAACAAGACUCUGGAGAGACUGCCUUUCUCUCUCCCUCCUCUCCCCCACCCUGGGCCUGUCCCUCCCUCAGUUCUUUGUAUGUUUUGCACACUGCCUCCUCCCUGCCUCUGGGGUCAGGAGCUGCAGUUGUGGGCAGGUGUCUGUGUGCACACUCAGUCUUGUGUUUGUCCUGUGCCUCCUGAGACCAGCGGGGCCUCAGCCAUUCAUAUGAGCUGCCUGGCUGGAUUAACUGCUUAGCCCAAGGCUGAUGCAGGGCAGUGGGGGGGUGUGUGUGUGUGUGUGCGUGCGCGCAUUGGGGGGAAGAGAGGGGCCUCUGCCUCAUGGUAGAAGCAGGGUGUCUUCAAUCAGUGGGCUGAUGGACUCCAACUUGGCACUGCUGCCCUUCCUGCUCCCUGGUACAGUAGCUUGUGGACUCUGAGCCACUGGUGUGCGGCCGGCAUGAGAGCAUCUGCCUAGCACUGGGCAUCAGCAAAGAGGCACGCUCCAACAGGAAAAGGACCCAGCAGGCAAUGACAGAGCUGAAGUGGAUUGCGGGGCCUCUGGAAGAGGGGAGGAGGAGGGGAGGAAAGGGCCUGAGGAACAAAUCAAAGGGAAAACUUUGCGGAACAUGGAACUGUGACUAUUUGAGGGGUGGGGGGUGGGGGGCUUUUGCAUUCUGCCUGGAUCACGGGGCAAGGAAUAGGACAGUAGAAACAUUUUAACUUAAACAGCAGCUUGGACAUGUGCUGCAGUCGACCCUUCUCUUGCUCAUCUGGCCUAUGGAGGGCUGAGCUGGCUCCCCUUCCCCAGUGGACUUUCUGGGUCUGUAUCGGGUCUUUUUGGACAUGAUCUCUAGGCGGGGGUAGGGCAGGGCCUGGAGAUGCCCACAUCUGCAUGGUUGGCUGGUUUAUUUUGUAGAUCUGCUUUCCCCCUUUCAUGCUGUGGGGAGCUGAGGCUAUCUGGCUUCCCACAGCUGUUUUUACCCCUGCCUCUUUUCCUUUAGCUGAACUGAGCUCAGUAGCUGCAGGAUGUGACAAAUACAGGCUGCCUUAUCCUGGCCCAGGGCUAUUCAGCUUUUGAGCAUCCAGGGGCUGCAUACCCCCAGGGCUGCACACCACGCACUGUAGCUGUGCCCCAUCCCUCAUGCUGUGCUAUGCUACAUGGGCACUCCAUCAUCCUAUAGCCCUGCAGACUCCCUAGGACCACACUGUCCCAGGGAGAACCUGAAGGAGGGAGGAGUAUCUUAAAGAUGCCUUUCUUCUCUUCCCUGCCCACCCCAGGCCCAGGAGCCUGGGCUAGGGGUCAGGGAAUGUGUGUGUGGGGGGGGGGAUGACACUAAGUUAUCACCUUACAGGCUACAUGCUAGUUGGGCAGCCCUGCCAUAGUCCAUAGGCAGCAGAUGGGGAGAGGGGAAGGGGCAGGGCCUGGGAGGGGAAGAGACUUGAGGAUCUGGAUUGGGUAAAGGUGGGGGCUGGGUUCCAUCCAUAGCAGAAUGGCAUUAGCAGACAUGGGUCUGAUAGUGCGUGUGCUCUGAGAUGGGCCUGUGGUCCCUGGGAUGUUUGGUGACUGCCCGUUCCCCAGUGCCAGAGCAGCCAGGAUGGGGCUGAGUUGUGUGGGAGGGCUCUUUCCUCUGAACAGCAGAGAUGGUCUUUAUCUCACAGUCUGGUGACAUGCAACCCUGGUCUUUGAACCCUUUGUAUCCUGGAGCCUUGUCAAGCCCCCAGUGACCAUGAGGGGGCUCAUCCGCUCUUGUGACUGGCUAGUAGAAUUUCACUGGGCCCUUCCUCUUGCUUCAAAACACUGUCAUUCAAGGAGAGCCCAGAGCCUCCUGCCCAAGGCCUUGGCUUCAUACAGCCUGGGCCUGGGCUGCAACAGAAGAGACAGCUGCAUUUGGCUGCCAGCAGGCAAGGUGACGUAAGGUCUCGGACAUUGCCCCUUCACCCAGGGACCUAAGCAAGACACAGACCACAGGGGUCUGCUAACUCCAAAGCCAGAGGUUGCUUGCCAGGCUUACUACUUUAGGGUGAAUUUCGAAGGAGGCUGGUGUCCUCCUUACCCAGUUAUAACCAUCAGGUAAUUGACAGCUUCAUGGAAAAGUUAAACCACUCAGCAAUGCUA